UUCGUAAACACAGAAUUAUUUCUCGGCGUAUAUUAUCAUAUUUAUGUGUCGCAUUCUCAACUCUUGUAAUCACAUACAACAUCAAAGGUUUGGGAAAUGGACAUAUUCAGUUACACGAAAGGAGUGGUAUUCAUAAAAAAUCGUGUAUUGAUUUUACCGGAUUAAAAUUAAAACACUGUGAAUACAUGGAAUAUGAGCAGAUGAUGGCAAACUUUACCGAGCAUCAAAAUGUGAGUGUAAAUGUUCAAACAGGAGAGGCUCCAGUAAAUCAAAGUAUAAGAAAUAUUAGAUAUAAAAAAGUGGCGUUUCUAAAAAUUCACAAAGCUGGAAGUUCAACAGCACAAAACAUUUUUUUACGGUACGGGUAUUCUAAAAAUCUAUUGUUUGUUCUUUCUAAAGUACGAAAAGAACAAUAUGAUAAUGUGAUAUCUCUUUCGUCAUCUCUGAAUGAAAAUAAUACUAUAUCGCCACCUAUGAAUAAAACGUUUGACGUAUUAUGCAACCAUGUACUAUAUAAUAGAGAGGCAUUUCAAAAGUAUAUUCCUGGUAAUACUGCCUAUAUUGGAAUUGUUAGAGAGCCAUUUGAAAUGUUUCUAUCAACACUGAAUUACUUUAGACCUGCGUACAUUUUUAAAAAUAUAAAAGCAAUAACUCCCGUUUUAAAUUAUCUUGUUGAUCCUUGGAAGUAUGAAAAAGGACUGCCACUAACGUAUUCAUUAACGAACAACAGAAUGGCGCUAGAGUUUGAUUUCCCAAAACAUCUGUUUAAGACUUAUUCAAAAGAAGAAAGCAAUGCAUACUUAUCGAAGUUAAAUCAAGAAUUCCAUUUUGUCAUCAUCAUGGAAUAUUUUGCAGAAUCAGUUGUUAUGAUGCGAAGAAUAUUGGGAUGGAGUAUAAAGGAUGUUCUAUACGUGAAAAAGAAUUCAGCGAAGAAAUAUUCGUUUGUUGAUAACACAUACCGUUAUCUGUAUCAGAGAUUUGCAAAACUAGAUUACGAUUUAUAUAAUUUUUACUAUAUUCAAUUGUGGGAAAAAAUUAAACUUGAAGGCAUCGACUUCCAAUUAGAACUCAGUUUCUUUCAGAACCUGCGGAAAGCCGUGGAGGACUAUUGUAUAAAACAUAACCAGACUGUCCGUCCUUAUCACGUACCAGACUCACAGUGGAGUACAGCCUUUAAAGUUACGCGAAAGGACUGUGAUUUGUUGUUAUUAAAUGAGAUGAAAUUCGUCUCCUUGAUCAGACAAAGGCAGCAUACAAAUAGUACAAAUUAUAAAUAA